AUGGCCGAGCCCCCUGCCGUCAUUUCGGAAAAUCAAGUUUCUCGUUUUUUACGAUACUCAGAUCUCAUCCCUCGUCUGGAGGACGCUUUGGCCAAAUUUUCCCUAAGAGACACUUCAGAGGUGAUCCAACCUUUGAGGUUUUCAAUACCACUGAAAAAACACAGCAGAGAUAUCUUCCUGAUGCCGACAUACAUGGAAAACAACGGAAUCUUAUGUACGAAAUUUUUGAGCAUCUACAAUCGUGAGAAAGGUUCUGAGCCAGCAUCAGAUCAAGCCACAGUAGUCCUGCUAGACCCUGACAGUGGAAGAACAAUGGCUGUGAUACAAGGAAAUGUCUUGACCUACAUGAGGACGGCCGCGGCGUCAGCCAUUUCUGCAAAGCUUUUGAUGCCUCAUAAAGCGGAAGUAUUGGCCAUCUUGGGAACAGGACAACAAGCUCUGAGCCAUUAUGAUGUCUUCACCGAGAUGUUUUCAUUUAAAGAGGUGCGCGUGUGGGGCCGCAGCAAACAAGGAAUGGAGAGGUUUCAGAGCUCCGUCAGCGGUUCGGUUACCCUGUGCGACUCCACUGCGACAGCGGUGACGGAAGCCGACGUCAUUGUGACAGUGACUUCGAGUUCAGAACCCGUGCUCUUUGGACAGUGGGUCAAACCGGGAGCACACGUGGCAGCCGUAGGAGCUUGCAGGCCCGACUGGCGAGAACUGGACGAAGUGCUGAUGAAGGAGGCGGUGGUGUACGUUGACAGCAGGGAGGGAGCCGCAGUAGAGUCUGGAGAUAUCCUUCUCUCCGGGGUAGAAGUGUUUGCAGAGCUCGGAGAAGUUAUCAGCGGAGGAAAACCUGCACUUAGAGAGAAGACAACUGUGUUUGAAUCCCUUGGAAUGGGUCUUGAAGAUGCAGUGAGUGCCAAGUUAGUGUUUGACCAGUGGAAAGCAAGCAACCAACCCAAGGGCGUAGGUUUUGUCUCAACAGAGGCAGGGACGCUAUAAAUGCAUAACCUGCAUGUACCCUUUUUGCUGGGGACGGGACAAAGACCAAAUGCUGAUGCAUUUCUUACGUAAAAAUGAAUCAAAUUGAAAUUAUUUUGAUGGGAGAAAGUCAUUUUUUAAAAUGGGGAAUCCCCCCUUGCUUCAUAUGAAGGAAAUUAACAGUGGUUGCUUUGCUUUUUGAGAGGGUGGGGGUAGCAGGGAGAGAUACUAUUUAACCGAUACAUGGAACUACGUUAGCCUGUAUAUUCAUCGUUAUUUCCCCUAUUUUCAUCUUUAGUGCAUCAGUGGGUUGUGCAAUUAUGGCAUAAAAU